GGUCGGCGGAGGCAGACAACGACUCACUAAUAGGUCGUAGCUCCGGUACCUCCCCACACCAGCCCUCCCCAAGUAUGCUGCUUCUGCAGACACAGAGCUCAUUUGGUUCAAGCAGUUUCGCGGAGCUGCUGUCUGCACCCUACCCAGAAGAGAGUACUGCCGCGCUGCCAGAAGAUCUAGACCCAUUUCAGGACGUCGUAUUCCACGGAUCUCCAGAGCCUGCCCCUUUACCUAGCUUCCAAGAGACGUACGCUUCCAGUCUCGGCUUCAAGAUGGAAGAGGAGUGCUACACGGUAGCUGGAGCCUACCAGCCCACUCCUCAACCCACCCCUCCCCAAGGGCAUUACGAAUACCCGCAACCAGCGGCCCACCCCGGCUACUACCCCAGCUACUUCGGAGGACCUCACCACGGGGCGCCGCCCCACCAGCCGCCCCCGCACCAGCCCUACGAGCCCGCCCCCGCCCACCAGGAGUCCUACUCCCUCCCGCACUUCCCCACCAGCACGGAGCUUUCUGUCAACACCGCUCUCGGCCCGAGGCAAAGGCGAGCUUCGCUGCCCCUACAACGUUCAGAAUCUACCAGCAGCAGCGAUUCACCUAAAAUUCGUCCAGGUGCUUCAGUCUCUUCGUCGGCAUCGUCUUCGCCAACUGAACGCCCUCCGGCCGGAUCUCCUUCACAGCUGUGUGCAGUCUGUGGCGACACGGCAGCCUGCCAACACUAUGGCGUCAGGACGUGUGAGGGAUGCAAAGGUUUCUUCAAAAGGACCGUCCAAAAGGGGAGUAAGUACGUCUGCCUAGCAGAGAAAUCUUGCCCAGUGGAUAAGAGGCGCAGGAACAGGUGCCAGUUCUGCAGGUUCCAGAAGUGCUUGAGCGUCGGGAUGGUGAAAGAAGUGGUAAGGACAGACUCCCUAAAAGGCAGGAGGGGUAGGCUACCAUCGAAACCAAAGUCACCUCAGGAGUCACCACCAUCGCCUCCUGUAUCCCUCAUCACGGCGCUUGUCAGGGCACACCUGGAUACGAGUCCGGAUCUUGCCAACCUAGACUAUUCACAGUACCGUGAACCUUCAGAUGAGGAGACCCCCAUCUCUGAAUCAGAAAAGACCCAACAGUUCUACAACCUGCUCACCAGUUCUGUCGACGUCAUUCGCCAGUUCGCAGAGAAGAUCCCGGGUUUCACCGAGUUGUGUCGAGAAGACCAAGACCUCCUAUUUCAAUCAGCCUCCCUAGAACUCUUCGUCCUCAGACUGGCCUACAGGACGAGACUUAUGGACACGAAAUUGACUUUCUGCAACGGCGUUGUCCUCAGCAGGAGUCAGUGCCAGAGGAGUCUUGGAGAUUGGCUUCAUUCGAUCCUCGAGUUCUGUCAAUCUCUUCACCAGAUGGAGGUCGACAUAUCCUCCUUCGCCUGCCUUGCAGCUCUCACCCUAGUGACAGAGAGGCAUGGAUUGAGGGAACCGCACAAAGUAGAACAACUCCAAAUGAAGAUAAUUGGGAGCCUUCGCGACCACAUGACCUAUAACGCCGAUGCACAGAGGAAGUCACACUACUUCUCUAGGCUGCUAGGUAAACUUCCUGAACUUCGAUCCCUGAGCGUCCAAGGACUUCAGAGGAUCUUUUACCUGAAAUUAGAAGAUUUGGUGCCAGCACCGCCACUAAUAGAGAACAUGUUCAUGGCGAGCCUGCCCUUUUGAAUGGCAUACCAUUCUUGUGGUUAUUAAACUCUUGUAAUUGAUUUAAUGUUUUUUUGUUAUUUUAAUUUUAUUUUUUUA